UAGAAAUGGAAUCUGUAAUGCGGAUUUGCCUCAAAAAAAAGCUUAUGCCUUCAGCAUUUAUUUGCAAUGCAAUCUGCGGAUUUGCCUCAAGAAGAGUCUCCUAUUCUUUCUUGAGGCAAAUCCACCAAGCUACAGACUCCAUUUCCAAUGCAUUACAGAUCCUGUUUCUAUUGCUGAUGAAUUUCAUUUGCGGACUUGCCUCAAGAAAGAACUUGAGGACUUCAGCACUAGAAACGGAAUCUGUAAUGCGGAUUUGCCUCAGAGAGUCUUCUAGACAUAAAUCCCUCAAGAAGUCUUCUUGAGACAAAUCCGCAUUACAGAUUCGCUUUGCAAUGCUGAGGAAUUCCAUUUGCGGACUUGCCUCCAAAAAAAGCUUUAGAGCUUCAGCAUUAGGAAUGGAAUCUGUAAUGCGGAUUUGCCUCAAGAACUUCUUGAGGAAAAUCCGCAUCACAGAUUCCAUUUCCAAUGCUUGUAGAAAUGUAAUCUGUAAUGCGGAUUUGCCUCAGGAACAGGAACUUCUUGAGGAAAAUCCGCAUCACAGAUUCCAUUUCCAAUGCUUGCAGAGAUUGAAUCUGUAAUGCGGAUUUGCCUCAAGAACUAGCAUCACAAAUUCGCAAGCUCAUGAUAAAAAGUUUACUUGAAUCGACUCCAGUUCUUGAAAAAUAACCAGCUGUCAACUUCAAAAUAGCAGUACGUGGAAAAUAGAACAACCGGUAAGCGCUUUACAGUUUUGACUUUUUACAAUUUCAAUUGCAACAGAGGUCCGCCACAAAUUAGAAUUUCAGAUUUUACAAUACUAGACUGCUUACUUCUGGAUUUAACACAAACAACUUCAGAAUUUACAACUUUCGACUCACCUACUUGGAUAGGAUGUGUACAGAAAUUUUACUUCCCCGAUCCACAGAUACGCAGCGACUGUAUCCAUUUGUGAAAGUGGAAAAGAUGCUGCUGUUCUGUUUUUGGGGUCGUAGCUACGUCAGCUCCAUCUCGUAGAAAAACUUUUUUGGAUUUCUCGUAUGUAGCAGCUCGCUAGCGUCAGAAAGAGCAAAGUUCUCGCUCAUUGGGAUAAAAACAAUUCGUAGUCAGACCAAUAUUUCUAUUCGUCGCACUACGUACAAAAUGCAUUACAAAUUACCACAGAAAAGCACACGAAAACUUCACACCGAGAAGAACCCUGAACCGAAGCCAAUUGCUGCCUCGACGAGAAAACAGGAAUUUUGUUUUUUG